UUGUGAAUUAAUUUUAAUCCCUAUUUAAUACAUCCUUGCGCGAUUAUAUUUUAUACAGUACCUGUUGACAGAUAGUGAUCGGUACUUUUAUAAUCAAGGCUGCGUUUGUUUACAUUGGACAACAGCCAUAAUUGAUAAUUAAAAAUUGCAUUUGUUUUUCGGCAAAUUAAUAAAAAAUUAACUUUUCACUAUUUAAAGAAAAUUAUUUUGGUGUUAAUUUUUGAGUGAAAUAAAUAGUGAUCAAAAUAAUUCGUGACUGCAUUUAAUGCAAGCAAGAGUCCUUAGUGAUUCAACCGGAGUCUCAUCAUGGCUCAACCAGAGUCUCUUAAUGUCUCAACCAGAGUCUCAUCAUGGCUCAACCAGAGUCUCAUCAUGGCUCAAACGGGUCCAUAAUGACCCAAGUAGGAAAAACUGGAGUCUGAUCAUGGCUCAUUUUAAUUUGGAAAAAAACAGUCCACGAGAGUCCUUCAUGACUCGUCAUUUAUUUAGUUACAACACCUUAAGUGUUGCAAGGGGGCCGGCAAUGUUUAAGUACAAAUCGGUUAUUUGCGGUAUUUUUCCUCUAAGUGUAAAUCCUUAUGAUUUACUACUUUAGUUUACAUCUUUGAUGGAAAACUAUUAUUAAUUCAACGAGUAAACCGCUAACUGUAUUUAAACUUUGUUAGCCUCCAUACUUAGAAAUAAGUAGUUGUUUACUUCUCGUCAUAUAGAAGCCUUAAAGAGCACUUCUUGUUGUGCAUACAUGCUUAAGG